AUGGACAUAGCGGAUGGUUUAAACUACAUUCACGAGAGAGGACUUAUUCACAGACAUCUCAAGCUGGAAAAUAUUUUGUUUGUAAAGGGGUUAUAUCUUAGCAAAUCGAAAAAGAGGGCGAAAAAACGAAUGAAGUCGCGCGAAAAAAUCUCAGGCACGGGCAGUGAAGAAACCGCCAGAGGUGCUUAUGGCGUUUACGAGGACAUGUCUGAAUAUCAACACCCCUCACGAGGAUAUAACCCAUUCACGACACCAGGAGAUUCAAGUUAUAACCCACAGGACUUGUCGGAAUAUCAACACCCCUCACGACGAUACAACACAUUCACCACACCAGAAGUUUCAAGUUAUAACCCACAGGACAUGUCGGAAUAUCAACACCCCUCACGACGAUACAACACAUUCACGACACAAGAAGUUUCACGUUCUAACCCACAGAAAUAUGAACACCGCAGUGCCAGAACAAGAAUUCGUCGUAGACACCAAAAACGAAUAUCCGGAAAAACGCCCAAAAAGAAUGUGGAGGACAUACAAGACAUAAGCGAAAUGCUUGGUUUAUUUCGUCUGCUUCAUAUAGCUCACGACCCUAAUGAAUUAUGCCUUUCAAAAAUGAAAGAGACGGCUAAAAGAGUACUCGAAGACCAAGGUUCUGGUAGCGGAAAGUAUUCAUAUGGCACAACGGGAUUUGGGGUAAUAGCCAUGACUAAAGACGAGGAUAUGUUGAAGAGAAAAACGCUGCUGGACUUUAAUCUCCAGGUUGACGAUUGUGUGAGGCAAUUGGGCAGCCACGCGAUUGAGGUUCUAGACGUUUACUAUAGCGAUGGAAGUGUUUUGAAUGUUUUGGGAGAAGAAAGGGAGCGCUUAACGAAAACAGAAUAUAACAUCCUUAUUGCAGGCGAAAGUAGCGCCGGAAAAAGUAGUUUAGUCAAUCUUAUUCUCGGCGAAGAGCUUCUUCCACAUCACAAUCUCAAUACCACCUCCACAAUAUGCGAGGUAAAACAUGGGGAAAAACGAGAAUUGAUUGCUCACUAUAACUACGAUGAGGAACAAAGGAUGCCCAAACCUGAAAUACAUCCGUUGAGAACAAAAGAAGAAUGCGGCAAAAAUUACUGUGAACAAAUCGCUCCCUUCGUGCAAAGGAAGUCCAACGAAAGAUCUAAAUAUACUAGAGUAGAAAUCUUUUGGACGCAUGAAUUACUUGAGGAAGAAAUUGUUAUUGUCGAUAGUCCAGGCCUGGGUGAAUGUGAUGAAAUGGAUGCAGUUCUGAUGAAUUAUCUUCCGAAUGCUUUUGCGUUCAUUUAUGUUCUUGACGUUUCCCGUGCUGGAGGAAUACAGAAAGAUAUCAAAGAGAAGUUAAGGAACAUCUUAAAAAAGGUGAAGUCAUCUGAUGGCGGCGUUGAGACCCUUCACCAUUUAGCCGAAUGUUCGCUUUUUAUCUGCAAUAAAUGGGAUCAAGUAAAAGAGGGAGAAAGGUCAGCAACGAAGAAUCAUGUCGUCGCAAAGUUAAGAGAGUGUUGGGAAGAUUCAAAUUUGAAUCAUCAAAUUGUGUACAUGUCAAUAACAGAGGCCAUCGAAGUACAGGAAUAUGGCGGAGUCACAGAAGAGUUCAAUGAUUUACUCCAAAAAAUUAAGACGAUGGUUUUGAGGGCAAUAAAUAUUAGGUUGUACAAUCACUGGCAGUCGUUAUAUGCAUUGCUGUAUCAAAUUUAUAGAGUAACCUACUUCUUCAACCAAGAGGUGCAAUCAACUCACCAAGAAACCCGUGAACGAAUGGAAGAAAUCGAGAGACGCAUCGAAAAGAUUGAACGAAAAGAGCAAGAUGUAAAGAGAGAAAUGGAGGAAAGAGUGAAAACCCAGACCAAAGUUCUCCAAGCCAAACUCGAAGUUUAUAUCUACUCGAUGGAUUUCAAAACGAAAUUCUGCUCUUGGACGAAUUGUGCACUUCCGAAGGAAGAAAUAACUUGGGAAAUGACAAAGAGAAACAUCAAAGAAGCAAUUGAUAGCCGAUUCAAAGAAUUGCUAAUUGAGUGGGAAAAUGGCCAUCAAGUUUAUGCUGAAAUUCAUAGGGAGAUUCUGGACGAAUUUCGUAAAAGUUUGAAUCUUUUGGAGGAGGAACUCGAAGGUGUUGAUAAAGCGAUGUAUAGUGUGGACAGACGUGCUUAUCUUUCACGGAACAAAAAUAAAAUUCCCUUAAAGGCGAAAGUUAUCUUCGGAGUGAUUAGUCCUCUUUUGAUUCCAUUCGGUGUGGCGGGUUUGGUGAUUGGUAUGCCAGUUUUGGGAGCAUUGGGUAUAAAAGGUAAAGUUGAUAAAAAAAAGAAGAUUCACGAAAAUUUAUAA